GUGGCCGUCGUGAUCGACCCUGACUCGCUCCCCGUCUGCGUAUGCGUGGAUGUGUGUGUGUGUGUGUACACUAUAGUGUGUGCUUACAUAGUCGUCGUCGUCGUAUGUACAUGCCGACUAAGCCAGGCUGCACCACCCCAUCUCUUCAGCCACAACCCCAUCCACCUCGCUCGCCCUCGGCACCCUUUGACCACGCACCACCCGCGCCCUGCGACCCGGCUGCCCUGCCACCCUGCGCCUCACCCUCAUCUUCACCUUCACCUCCACCAUCACCACCAGGCAAGCCCUGCACCACCUUCCUAAACGCUCCCUUCUCCCCCAUCCGCCCUUGCCCUUGCACGCUGUUCGCUGUAUGCUGCACUGUGUGCUGUGGCUCAACCCCUCCACUGACGUCCUGCGCUCGCCAGGCGCCAAUUGCCGCUUGUUCCACCCGGCCCGCUCUGUCUCUGAUUGAACGGCACACGGCGACCGUGUAAUACCAUUGUUCAAUUGCGAAACUGGCUCUCCCACCCGCCCACGUCCAUCUCGAGUGUCGGUAGCAGACACUCGCACGCGCGCCGGUGCACGUCUGCAUCUCAUCGCAUCGCAACAAAGGUCAGCACCACCGCG